GGCGCUCCGGAGUUAAUCCCACUUCCAAACAGGAUUUCUAAAAAGGGGGCUGACUGGCAGAGGGGACGACAACACCGGAAUGAGGAAAUUGACGAGGGUAAGCCAUGUGCAAAACAAAGUUGUUCAUCGCUGAUAACCAUUCAACCUGAUGAACCUCGGGUCACUCCGCUCAAGUCUGCCCGAGGUGAUCCCGCUCCUGCGUCUCUCGCCCCCGAACGAGCGCGCAUCCAGCAGACGGCCGGCCGCGUCCCUCUCCCCUUCCUCCUCUCCCCGCAUCCAGUGAUGUCGUUCCUCCUCGUCACGCUGCUCUCCUCACUCGUGGUGCAGGACGCCGAGGCGUGGAGCCCCAACGUCAAGUACGCGGUGAACUGUCCCGACCGAUGCAACGCGGAGCGGUGCGGCGGCACGCAGCGCUGCGCACGGACCGUCCUGGACGACUGCGGCUGUUGCCAGGUGUGCGCGGCCGCCAGAGGGGAGCACUGCUACCGCACGGUGUCGGGGAUGCACGGGGUGAAGUGCGGACCGGGCUUGUUCUGCGAGUUUUACAAGGACGAGGACGAUUACGGAGACGAAUAUGGAAUCUGCAAAGACUGCCUGUAUGGAACCUACGGGGUCGAGUGUCGCAAGACGUGCAACUGCAAAGGAGGCAUCUGUGACAGGGAGACGGGCGCCUGUCUCACCCUCCGCUUCUUCGCCAAAAUUGCCAGCAAGCUCAAGACCGAGCCCCAAGCAGGGGUCGAUGUGGGCUCAGGAGAAGUCAGCACAGCCCAGAACGCGGCCCAGCGCACGGACAGAGCCGCGGCUCCAAAGAGGCUCAACCCCCGCUGACAAGCCAGGACAAGGCUGACUUUAUUCAGUGCAAAUGUAGCAUUAUAACUUAUAAGUGGACCGAAAUAUAUAUUUUAUUAUGUUGACAGAUGCAGACUUUUUUACAGCAGUUGGAAGUGGUUCCUUUUUUAAUUUUAUUUCAUUGGUUUGGUCAUUUUUGACAACAUCACGUUUCUAUUCAAAUAUACACUACUGUAUGUUAUCAUCCUUAAACUUUUGCAGUUUUAGUGUGCCUUCAUAUGUGUGAGAAAAUUAAAGCUAAUGUGAUAAAAGACCAAGCAGUUAUUAUCUAAUUUGAUGCAGGAGUGUUUUCAGAGAUUGUUCAUUCUCCUAUUAUCUCCAUAAAGGUUUGAACUGUUCACAUGAAGAGCGGCUGAUAUCAUGUAUUUGACUCGCUGCUCUUACAAUAAAACCAAAGUCUCUGUACUUGUCCCUGUUGCUCAUUAUUUUCAAUAUCAUGUACGUAAUUUGUUAAUUUGUUUUUGAUAGUUUGUUUAAAAGUGCUAAAAAAAUAAAGUCAGGUGGUUUUUGAAAAAUA